UGACGAGCCCGAAUCAGACAAGUACCGGACACCGAAAGAGGUGGAAGCAACACGAACGUGAGUUUUAGAUCCUUUUAUUCCAUCGCAGCCAUCAAGUCACCUUCUGUGCCAGUGUGUAUAAAGGUUGACAUAGUUCAAAAGCUAGUGAAGCUGUUUAGGAUAUUCUAGUUCUGUCUAAUAAACUUUGUAAGGAACACAAAUUCGCAGUGCGUAACAAGCUAUGAUGAAGUCGAUCUUCUUUGGAGUUGUAGCCAUCGCUGUAGCCUUCCUGUCCAUCUACCAGGAAACGGCACAAGCUGAGGAGCAGACAGGAACCGCUGAAUACAAAUGGAACAACAUUGACGAUCAGUGCCUCACGGCACUACACAAACAGAUCAACAAAGAAUUCGAUGCCUCGAUCGUCUAUCUGAAGAUUGCCGCCCACUUUGCCCAGGAAAAGAUAAACCUACCCGGGUUUGAAAAGUUCUUCUUCAAUGCCGCCGGUGAGGAGCGCGAGCAUGGCAUCAAGCUGAUCGAGUACGCCCUGAUGCGUGGACAAGGGCCCGUUGACAAGUCCAGCUUCAACCUAGACUACAGCUUCCAAGUGCCACCCGGAACCGAUGGCGAAACUGCUCUGCGUUUCGCUCUGAAGAAGGAGGAAGAAGUCACCCACAGCAUCCGUGGAGUCAUCAAGGCCUGCGAAGAGGGCACCAACGACUUCCACUUGGCCGACUACCUGACCGGCGAGUACCUGGACGAGCAGCACAAGGGCCAGCGCGAACUGGCAGAGAAGAUUGCGACCCUCAGCAAGAUGAAGAAGAGCGCACCCAAGCUGGGAGAGUUCCUGUUCGACAAGAACCACAUGUAAAUAGUGCAGUCGUCGAUCAACAACGGAGUGCGGAACCGGGUGCUGAAAAACUGAAGAAUUUUGAGUUCGAUGAACCCCAUUUCUCUCAAAGACAUACAGUUUAUAGUUUUCUUUUUUUUUACUACUGUGUUAACUCUAGUUCUCUAGAGAUUACGCGAACUGAAGAGACCGCUGAAGAAUGCUUGAAUAAUAAAAAUUAACAACCACGUACAACAAACGAUACCUAGCACUCCGAUUAGAUCUGUUUGUCGUUUAGGUUUCAUGUGUUUGUGCAUAGAUUAUUCCCAAAUGUGGUGCUGAUUGGAGCGAUUGGAGGCAUUUCUGCGACGUAAGAUUCACACGGGUGCAACUCGAUUGGAUGGAUUAUGUAACACACAAGUUGUACAACCGUUAGACUGUAGCACCGUUAAGUGACACAAAAUUUCCAAUAAAUUAAAAUAGUUCUUCAAAACGUACAAAA